AUGGCGGGUAUUGGAUCCCUAGUUCGUAACUAUCGAUUUGUUAUUGGGUCUUUAACGGCCAUAAUGGUGAUCCUCCUGUUAAAAUCGUCAUCUAAUAGGAUCGACAUCAGCAGAGCCGUCUCUCCGUCUAUCAAUCGGCCAGAUGCGCCCGAUGACAUAUCCACUUUGCCGAUAAGUUCCACUCCAGGCUACCUUGGUGACUCUAAGACGGAAUCCAAAAAUCCUGACGUGGCAGAUGCAGUUAAAGACGUAACGACCAAUAGUGGGACAACUGAAAAAUGUGAGAAAGACCAUCAAUACGUUGUUAUGGUGGACGCUGGCUCGACAGGUUCGAGAGUCCACGUUUACGAGUUCGACGUUUGUACCCAACCUCCAACGCUGAUUGAAGAGACCUUCGAUAUGUUAAAGCCAGGGUUGUCGUCGUAUGACACAGAUGCCACGGGAGCGGCCAAAUCUUUGGAUCCACUUCUGCAAAAGGCCAUGGAUGUCAUUCCCAAGAAUCAAAGGAAAUGUUCUCCAGUGGCAGUUAAGGCAACUGCCGGGUUGAGAAAGCUGGGCGACGCUAAGUCUGAGAAAAUCCUAGCAGCCGUCAGAAGCCAUCUCGAAAAAGAUUUUCCAUUCCCCGUGGUUGACGGCAAAGGUGUUUCGGUAAUGGACGGAGAGGACGAAGGCGUUUACGCCUGGAUCACCGCGAACUAUUUGUUGGGCAACAUUGGCGCUGGUUUCAAGCUACCUACCACUGCUAUUUUCGACCUUGGAGGAGGCUCGACUCAAAUCGUUUUCGAGCCCACAUUCAAAGGUAAUGAGAAAAUGGCAGAGGGUGAGCACGCCUACGAUUUGACCUUCGGCGGAGAAAACUACAAACUUUACCAAUUUUCGCAUCUUGGUUACGGUCUGAUGGAGGGGAGAAACAAGAUAAACGCGUUGUUGGUUGAGACCGCGAUCGCAGAAGGUUUAAUGUCGAAAACCGACCGUGUUGCCACACUGACGUCGCCCUGUCUGCCUCCAGGCGUCACCGCUGAGGACGAGAAAGUGGUUUUGCAAGAUUCCUCUAAAUACACAAUUACUUUCAACGGCCCAUCGGAGCCUGCCGGCGCUCAAUGCAGAUACCUCGCGGAGAAAAUUCUGAACAAAGAUGCCAAAUGUUCUGUUCAGCCUUGUUCCUUCAACGGUGUACAUCAACCCUCCCUGGUUCGUACUUUCAAAGAGUCUAACGACUUGUACGUUUUCUCCUACUUCUACGACAGAACUCAGCCUCUAGGCUUGCCAUCCUCUUUUACUCUAAGAGAACUCACCGACUUGGCUCGAGCUGUUUGCAAUGGUGAAACCGUCUGGAAAUCCGUGUUCAGCGGAGUUGAGGGUUCGGUUUCCGAACUAAAGAAGGAACCCCAAUGGUGUCUAGACUUGUCUUUCGAAGUUGCGCUUUUACACACUGGCUACGAUAUCCCACUACAAAGAGAGCUCAAAACCGCUCAAACGAUUGCCGGUAACGAGCUGGGAUGGUGCCUGGGCGCCUCACUCCCGUUGAUCAAUUCGAGUGAUUGGAAGUGCAAGAUUACCUCUCAGUAA